CCGGCCCUCGUGGCAGCCUGGGCGUCUCAGCGGGUCUGUGCCACGCUCCAUCGAGGAUGCGUUUGUUCCAGGCGCUGCUGAAGCAGCCGGUGCCCAAGCAGAUCGAGCGCUACUCCCGCUUCUCGCCGUCGCCGCUCUCCAUCAAGCAGUUCCUAGACUUCGGAAGAGAUAAUGCAUGUGAGAAAACAUCCUAUAUGUUUCUCCGAAAGGAGCUUCCUGUGCGGCUGGCAAACACGAUGCGAGAAGUCAAUCUUCUGCCGGACAACUUACUGAAUCGGCCUUCCGUGGGAUUGGUUCAGAGCUGGUAUAUGCAGAGCUUCCUUGAACUUUUAGAAUAUGAAAAUAAGAGCCCUGAGGAUCCACAGGUCUUGGAUAACUUUCUACAAGUUCUGCUUAAAGUCCGAAACAGACACAAUGAUGUGGUUCCUACAAUGGCACAAGGAGUGAUUGAGUACAAGGAGAAGUUUGGGUUCGAUCCUUUCAUUAGCAGUAACAUCCAGUAUUUUCUGGAUCGAUUUUACACUAACCGCAUCUCUUUCCGCAUGCUUAUUAACCAACACACACUUCUAUUUGGUGGUGACACUAAUCCUGCUCAGCCUAAACACAUUGGAAGCAUUGAUCCCACCUGUAAUGUGGCCGAAGUAGUGAAAGAUGCAUAUGAGACAGCCAAGAUGCUAUGUGAACAGUAUUACUUGGUAGCUCCAGAGCUGGAAGUUGAAGAAUUCAAUGCCAAAGCUCCAGACAAACCUAUUCAGGUAGUUUAUGUGCCCUCACAUCUGUUUCACAUGCUAUUUGAGUUGUUCAAGAACUCAAUGAGAGCAACAGUAGAAUUAUAUGAAGAUAGAAAAGAGGGCUACCCAGCUGUUAAAACCCUUGUUACUUUGGGUAAAGAAGACUUAUCCAUUAAGAUAAGUGACCAAGGUGGUGGUGUCCCACUUCGAAAAAUAGAUCGUCUUUUUAACUAUAUGUAUUCAACUGCUCCCAGACCUAGCCUGGAGCCUACAAGAGCUGCCCCUUUGGCUGGAUUUGGUUACGGUUUGCCAAUCUCUCGUCUGUAUGCUAGAUACUUUCAAGGAGAUCUAAAACUCUAUUCCAUGGAAGGAGUGGGCACUGAUGCCGUCAUUUAUUUGAAGGCUCUUUCAAGUGAAUCAUUUGAGAGACUUCCGGUUUUCAAUAAGUCAGCAUGGCGCCAUUACAAGACCACACCUGAAGCUGAUGAUUGGAGCAAUCCUAGCAGUGAACCCAGAGAUGCUUCCAAAUACAAGGCUAAACAGGACAAGAUCAAGACUAAUAGAACUUUGUAGGGAACAGAAUGCUCUGGUCCUCUCUGUGAAAAAGAUCAUCUUCUACGAGUCAACCAGAAAGAACUCCUUUCCUCUACCAACUCUGAGCGCAGAACCAUAGUUACUCCAGUGCUUGAAUGUGUGUUUUCUCCAUAUCAGCUGGACCUUUUCCAUGGAGCCCUUCCUGUAGCUACCACAGCUCUUCCAUAAAAACUAGUAAUUUGUAAAU